AGGGGGGUCCAGUGCGCCUGAGGGCGUGGCGGGAUGGGCGGAGUCUGCAGCGGCGGCCUGAGAAGACCGGGUAGGGGUCGAAGCCGCCAUGAAUCCUUCGGUGGUGAAGCGCAUGCAGGACUCCAUAGAGAAAGUGAUCAGGAAGCCACCGCUGACGAAGAAGCUGCUGAGCGAGCCCCCGUUCCGCUACCUGCACUACAUCAUCCCGAAGGAUGGCAGGUUUGGCUGUAAUGGAGGUUUAGGAGCGCCUGACACUACCCGACAGCAUGGCCUCGGCUUCUAGUGGCUUUGACACUGACUGAGGGUGGGACCUUUGGGCCCUCCCUUCUCUGUGUGUCAGUUUCCUCCUGUAAUUGACCACAGGUGGGCCUUUCAUUAUGAUGUAGCUUUCAGCCCUCUGUGCUCUGACUUGGGCUGCUCUAGGAGUUGGUGACGCUCCAGGAUGUGGCUGUGGACUUCACGAGGGAGGAGUGGUGCCUCUUGUCACCUCCCCAGAAGGAGCUGUACAGGGAGGUGAUGCUGGAGAAUGCCCGAAACCUGCUCUCUGUGGAGAACUCAAUGACAAGCUUCUCUCCCUCCUCCUCCCUGACUGAUUCCCCAUGCCAAGGGCUCCCAGCUCCCCCAGAAGAUGUGCUCUCUUAUUUGGAGCAGAGGGAAGGUCCAUGGAUGCUGGAGCAGGAACGCUUGAGGAUCUACUGCCCAGGAGAGAUCAGGCCAGAAAUGAAGGCAACUCCCACAGAGAUGAGCCCUUUUGUGGAAGAAACAGACCAUCAAAGACUCAUGAGUGAUGUUCCAAAUACCAUAACUUGGAGAGAAUUCUGUGUUGAAUCCCAACAUUCAUCCCAUACUGAAUAUCAGAAAAUGAACUCUGAGAAAAAGUCUGGUGAAUGGAAGCAAUGUGGAAAGACAUUCUGUCGGAACUCUAGUCUUUCUCAUCAUCAGAGAAUCCACACUGGCGAGAAACCUUAUGAAUGCAAUCAAUGUGGAAAGAUAUUCAGACAGAGACACAAACUUGCUAUACAUCAGAAAAUCCACACUGGGGAGAAACCUUAUGAAUGCAAUCAGUGUGGAAAGACAUUCUCUCAUAGCUCUAGUCUUUCUUAUCAUCAGAGAAUCCAUACUGGGGAGAAACCUUAUGAGUGCAAGCAAUGUGGAAAGACAUUCAGUCACAGCUCCAAACUUGCUGUACAUCAGAGCAUCCACACUGGGGAGCAUCCUUAUCAGUGCAAGCAAUGUGGAAAGACAUUUAGUUGGAACUCAAGUCUUGCCAUACACCAGAGAAUCCAUACUGGGGAGAAACCUUAUGAGUGCAAACAAUGUGGAAAGACAUUCAGUCACAGCUCUGGUCAUGCUCGACAUCAGAGCAUCCACACUGGGGAGAAACCUUAUGAGUGCAAGCAAUGUGGAAAGACAUUCAGUCAGAGUUCUGGUCUUGCUCAACAUCAGAGCAUCCACACUGGGGAGAAACCUUAUGAGUGCAAGCAAUGUGGAAAGACAUUCAGUCUGAGCUUUGUUCUUGCUCGACAUCAGAGCGUCCACUCUGGAGAGAAGCCUUAUGAAUGUAAGCUUUGUGGAAAGACCUUCAGUCAGAGCUCUGGUCUUGCACGACAUCAGAGCAUCCACACUGGUGAGAAGCCUUAUGAGUGCAAGCAAUGUGGAAAGACAUUCAGAGAGAGCUCCAGACUUGCUGUACAUCAGAGCAUCCACACUGGGAAGAAACUUUAUCAGUGCAAGCAAUGUGAAAAGACAUUUAGUUGGAACUCAUGUCUUGCUAUACACCAGAGAAUCCAUACUGGAGAGAAACCUUAUGAGUGCAAACAUUGUGGAAAGACAUUCAGUCAGAGCUCUGGUCUUGCUCGACAUCAGAACAUCCACACUGGUGAGAAGCCUUAUGAAUGCAAGCAUUGUGGAAAGACAUUCAGUCAGAGCUCUAAACUUGUUCAGCAUCAGAGAAUCCACACUGUGUAGACUUUGUGAGUGUAAGCAAUGCAUAAAGACGUUCAGCCUGAGAUACUUUCUUGUUGUACAUCAGAGUAUCCAUACUUGGGAGAAACACUUUGGAUGCAUUGUGGAAAGAUUCACAUGGAGCUCCACUUUUGCUCUACAUCAGAUGUAAUAUUUAAAGGGAUUUUAGGGAUUGAAGGGGGCACAGGGGUUAAGGAAGGUUUUGUAACAGGGAAGGAGGAGUUGAAGGGAGAGAGGGAAUAUGGCUGCCUGUGAGGUAAAAGGAGAGAUGCCCCCCUGCCAAGAGGCUAUCUUUGAAAAAUGGGGUUCCCGAGAAAUGGGCCACCUAUGAUAACCUGAGGGGAUAUCUCCUCUAUUGAUUGCUGUUAAAGAUAGCCCAGGGAAGUUAAGCAUGGACCCUCCUGGAGGGACAAGCCUUCCCCCAAAAGAAGUUUGCCCAGCAGGAGUCCAAUAAAGACUGUUUAUAGUUGAAUGGCUGUCCAUAGAUUCAGCUCCCUUUAUGUCCCCUUGAAAUUAUAGUCCUCUUAUCUGACUGCGGUUAUUUAAAUAAAGAUUAAUUUUAAUAACAAGUGUGGAUUGGGAAGGUAUCAGGGAAGAGGUAUUUUCCUAGAUUGGGUUUGAGUCUCUCAGCUUUUGAGCUAAGGUCAAGCCUCAUAGGCCGGUGGAGGGUUUCUUUUAUUCCUGGCUAAGUUAAUCUAUGCAAGUUCUCUUAAAUUCAAAAUCUUUAGCAGUAGACAGCAAGAGGAAGAAAAAGUUCUGAUCUUCAGAGCUUCUUGGGCCUGUCUCUUUGGGCUGAUGCCCCUAAAGAUCGGCCUUCAAUUCAAACCACUCCCCUUAAAUCCUUUUGUUCAGUGACACAAUCACAGGAAUCCAGGUAGAGCACACAGUUGGGAAAAGUCCAGGAAUAGAGGAAAUUCUAUCCAGAGACAGGGAGAGAGGCUUCUUCUAGUCCAAGGACCAGGAAAGAGAGGGCUUCACAAGACCAACUGUCACUCCAAGUUCCCCUCCUGUCAUUCUUCUCAAUAUCUUAUGUCUAACAUUCUGACUGCUAUUUGUUCCACCUGAGUAGCAGAAAGUCCAGCACUUCAUUCAGUUUUCCUUUUCACACAGAGAAACUCCAGACGUUCACAUAGAGCUCUCAGCUUGCUCUAAAUCGGACAAUUUGCUCUAGUAUGCCAUAAGUUAUAUUAAGAUAAGGUCCAGAUGUGAAUAUGAUAUAGACCUAAAGUAUGAUGCCAUAAGCCAAUUGGGGGAGCAUAGAAUAGUUUGCCUUUUAGAUUAGUUCAGUCAUAAGGGGAAAAUUUAUGACCAAAUGAGAAAUAGAUAACAUGAGCUAUAUCAUGGUUUAUUUUUAUUAUCUUAAAUUCAAAAGUGUACAAACAAAACCAGUACAAUCAAGGUUAAAAGGGGAAACAAAGACGUUAUCAUUUCCUUUAAAACAAGUUGUCCAAUUUUGUGAUGAGAAUCCUCUCCCAGAAUCACACAUGGGGUCUUACCUGCAUCCCCAUCAUCCUAGUGACAUCAUCUAGUGUGGGUCAUGUGCCUGAGAUUAAACAGAACAUAAUUGAAGGGGACCCUGAAAGGAGAGGGAGGGAAAAAAUGUUGAAGACAAGGAAGUGAGGGCUCCUCAAGACACUGGUGAAGAAGAAGGUAGCUGAGGGAGCCAUGUGGAGAGCACCCACAUGACUAAAAUAUUUUUCUAUUUAAUUAUCUACCUCUACCUAUUUAAGUAAAUUCAAAUAAAGUUCAUGAAAAAUAAGGA